AUGCAAGCUGUCCAGUAUGAGCGGCACUCCGCUCAUGUGGAGCCGUCUGUCUAUACGGAUAUGCAUGCUGCUGUCUCGCCUCAGGAACACCACCGAAGCCCCGUUCCCAAGAACGUCGCCUUUGAGUUGUUGCUCGAUGAAAACUCUAAGGUCCGGGCCCGGAUACCCAUGCGUGUGCAAAUCUACCCCCAUGAUACUACCGACUCCAUUGUGACUACGGUCAAGAAUUUCUAUGGUAUCUAUGAUGGCGCUGCCAGUGGCGUCAGCUUUGAGGAUGAACAUGGCACAACCCUCAUUGCAAGGUAUGAGAACCUGAGAAAUAACAUGACCGUCUAUGUUCGGGUAAUCCCUGUUCAAGCAUAUACGGAAGGCUAUGGAGAUCACUUUUAUGGUCACCUCCCCGUAGAGGCUCGCAAGCGUCCUAGUCUUGGGGAGCCGUUCCAAAUGGCACACGCAAUGUCAUCGGCGCAUGCCUUUGAACAUGCUCAACCGCCAUCUCGGCCCACAUCUAGACUUGCAAGAAAGCGCAGCACGUCUCCGUCUGGCCGGAGCCGUCGUAGCGCCUCCCAGCACAAGCCGCUCUCCCGAGCUGGCAACAAGAGCAGGGGGUCUAGCACUCAUGACAGCUUACAUGAGGAUGGAUAUAGCGACAGCGAAGGCGGCUAUGGCUCUGUCAAUGGCACUAAAAAGUCUCGAAGUGAGCAACUUGGAAGCUCAGAUAUCAGCAUGGAGAAUAUUCUUCACGAUGGCCGUCGGAAGCGGCCCAAGUUUGAAAGCUCGGAAUUACCUUUAUUCGUCCCUCCCCAGGUUCCUCUUACUACCUCUUCCUCCUCCAUCUCACCACAACGUCGAUCCAUCGGCCAAGAAGCCGUUGGCUCUCCAUUCGCACGCCCCACCCAACGUCCUUAUAACUACCAACAAGCACUCCCAUCACCGCAGAGCUAUGGACACAGUGAACAUGCUUAUGGGGUCAGUUCGACGCGCAACUCCAUGUAUGCCACUCCUGUAGUUCCUGAACAUGGACACCGGUUGCGCGACCGAACUGCCACCCAGUCGUCUGGUCAUUUCAGCAACCCUGCUGGUCAGGCUAAUGGACCUGGGAUCUUGCCUACCCCAGAUCCCACUAUUGCAAGCUGCAUAUCCGAUGAAGAUGUUGCAAUGCAAUUGAUUCGUCUGGGAGAUGCUUCGAACUUCUCGCAUGGUCGCACGUCUGCGUCUACGCUUGACGAUGCCUUCAGCGGCGCUGCCGAUGCCGCCUCCUCGACUGGUGCCACCAGCGAUGGAGAUGAAUUUAGCGAGGAAGACGAUGAUGAUCUGCCAGCCCGAAGUCGGCAUAAGCUGGAGUCCAGCCCGAUGCUGCCGCCGGGCGCUACCAAGCGCAACCAUAAGCGAUUGGAUGAAAUCCUUCCUAGCUUUGACAGCUCGGAUGCCAGCUGCGACGAGGAGUAUCACCAUAAUGAUCACCACGACAGCUUGGUUAAAAGUGAAGCGGACGAGGACGCUCUCUACAAAGACUCCGCACCUAAGGCAAAGAAAACUAAGACCCGUCCUACCAGCACCACCUCCACUAAACCUCGUGGUUCCAAGUCGGGUGUUUCCCGUCAUAAUAAGAACAGCAAGAGUGUAUCUACUAAUGCCUCUCGCAAGCCUAAAUCUAUUUCCACCACUGCACCUCCUAAGCCUCCCAUGUCCCCCCAAUUGGUCAGUCCGGCUCCGACCCGGAAGACCUCGACCUCGUCGGUCAACUUCCAGCACCCUCUUGCCGCUGAUGAAGAAGACCUGUCUACCAAGCCACGCUGCCAGCGAUGCCGCAAGAGUAAGAAGGGCUGCGAUCGUCAGCGCCCCUGCGGGCGGUGCAAGGACGCUGGCAUUGGUCUGGAGGGCUGCAUUAGUGAGGAUGAAGGAAAUGGGCGCAAGGGCCGAUAUGGUCGGCACAUGGGUGUUCCCGUUAAGAAGGAUGGAAUGAUAAUUGACUACGAGCCACAACCGAUUAUGGCCGCAGCUCCGGCUUCGUCCGCAGCAGCAGACAAGAACAAGAAGCGCAAGCGGUAG